AUGUCAAAAAAAGGACGUAGCAAGGGCGAGAAGCCUGAGGCACUGAUUGUUGCCCUGCAGGCUGCCAAUGAAGAGCUCAGGACCAAGCUAACAGACAUUCAAAUCGAGCUGCAUCAGGAGAAAUCGAAGGUCAGCAAACUUGAAAGAGAAAAGAUUCAAGAAACUAAGCGGAUCAGAGAAUUGGAGCAACGCAAGCAGACCGUGCAGAUCACUGAACUUAAAGCCAAACUCCAUGAGGAGAAAAUGAAAGAGCUGCAGGCAGUGCGGGAGAACCUAAUCAAACAACACGAGCAGGAAAUUACUCGGACGGUUAAAGUCAGAGACAGUGAAAUCCAGCGCCUCAAGUCAGCACUGUACGCUUUGCGGGAUGGGAGCAGUGACAAAGUAAGGACAGCGCUGACCAUUGAGGCUCGUGAAGAGGCCAGGAAACAGUUUGACUCCGAGCGCCUUAAACUUUUGCAGGAAAUUACUGAACUAAAAUCUGCCAAAAAGCAGGUGGACGAGGCCCUUACCAACAUGAUCCAGGCUGAUAAGAUCAAGGCGGGUGAUCUUCGGAGUGAGCAUCAGUCCCAUCAGGAAGCCAUCUCUAAGAUCAAAUGGGAGAGUGAAAGGGAUAUUCGCAGACUGAUGGAUGAAAUCAAGGCUAAAGACAGAAUCAUCUUUUCCUUGGAGAAAGAACUGGAGACCCAGACAGGCUAUGUACAGAAGCUCCAGCUGCAGAAGGAGGCUCUGGAUGAACAGCUCUUCUUAGUGAAGGAGGCGGAGUGUAACAUGAGCAGUCCCAAACGAGAGAUCCCAGGAAGAGCAGGAGAUGGGUCAGAGCACUGUAGCAGUCCUGAUUUACGAAGAAAUCAGAAGAGGAUGGCAGAGCUGAAUGCCACUAUCCGGAAGUUGGAGGACAGGAACACACUGCUUGUAGAUGAACGAAAUGAACUGUUGAAACGUGUUCGAGAAGCUGAAAAACAAUGCAAACCUCUCCUUGAAAGGAACAAGUGCCUCACCAAGAGAAACGAUGAACUGAUGCAGUCUUUGCAGCGCAUGGAGGAGAAACUCAAAGCAAUCACAAAAGAAAAUGUAGAAAUGAGAGAAAAAAUGACAUCACACCCUCCAUUGAAGAAAUUAAAAUCUCUCAAUGACUUAGAUCAAGCUAACGAAGAGCAAGAAACUGAGUUUUUAAAGCUUCAAGUUAUAGAACAACAGAACAUAAUUGAUGAGUUAACAAGGGAUAGGGAAAAGCUGAUUCGUCGCAGGAAGCAUAAAAGAAGUUCAAAGCCAAUUAAGAGACAUAUAGUCGAUACUGUUUUUGGCUACGAUGAUGACUCCAUGGACUCUGAAACCUCAUCCAUGGCCUCGUUCAGAACAGACAGAACACCAGCAACCCCAGACGAUGACCUGGAUGAGAGUUUAGCAGCAGAAGAAUCAGAGCUGCGAUUUCGACAGCUAACAAAGGAAUACCAGGCCCUGCAGAGGGCAUAUGCAUUACUGCAGGAGCAGACUGGAGGCAUCAUAGAUGCUGAAAGAGAAGCCAAGGCACAGGAGCAGCUCCAAGCAGAAGUCCAGAGGUAUAAAGCAAAAAUAGAAGAUCUGGAAACAACUUUGGCACAAAAAGGACAGGAUUCCCACUGGGUAGAAGAUAAACAGCUUUUCAUUAAGAGGAACCAGGAGCUUUUGGAAAAGAUAGAAAAACAGGAGGCAGACAACAGCCGAUUGCAACAGGAGCUGCAGGAUGCCAGAGACCAGAAUGAACUGCUGGAGUUCCGGAAUCUAGAGCUUGAAGAAAGAGAAAGACGGUCCCCACCAUUUAAUCUCCAAAUCCACCCAUUCUCAGAUGGUGUAAGCGCUCUGCAGAUCUACUGUAUGAAAGAAGGUGUCAAGGAUGUCAGCAUUCCAGACCUCAUAAAGCAGUUAGACAUCUUGGGUGACAAUGGGAAUUUAAGAAAUGAAGAGCAAGUGGCUAUCAUUCAAGCUAGCACUGUGUUAUCCUUGGCAGAAAAGUGGAUCCAGCAGAUUGAAGGGGCUGAAGCAGCUCUACACCAGAAGAUGAUGGAACUGGAAAGUGACAUGGAGCAGUUUUGCAAAAUAAAAGGUUAUUUGGAGGAAGAAUUAGACUACAGGAAGCAAGCUCUUGACCAAGCAUAUAUGAGAAUCCAGGAGCUUGAAGCUACCUUGUACAAUGCUUUGCAGCAAGAAACGGUGAUAAAGUUUGGGGAACUGCUAAGUGAAAAGCAACAGGAGGAGCUGAGGACAGCCGUAGAAAAGUUAAGACGGCAGAUGCUGAGGAAAAGCAGAGAAUACGACUGCCAGAUUCUUCAGGAGAGGAUGGAGCUGCUACAGCAGGCACAUCAGAGGAUCCGAGAUUUAGAAGAUAAAACUGAUGUCCAGAAGAGACAGAUCAAGGACCUAGAGGAAAAGUUUCUGUUUCUAUUCUUGUUCUUCUCUCUUGCCUUUAUUCUUUGGCCUUGA